AUGCUCUACAGAUUUGCUAUAACCGCUGCUUUGGCCUCUUCUGCUUUGGCCGCAUAUGCCCCAAGUGAACCUUGGGCUACUUUGACCCCAACUGUUACUUACUCUGACGGUGCUACCGAUUAUGAUGGUACUUUUGGUAUCGCUAUCAAGACUUUGGCUGCUCAGUCUAGUUCAAACUCUACUGUUCAAAAGAGAGAUGCUGUCUCUCAAAUUGGCGACGGACAGAUCCAGGCGACUACUGCUACUACUGCCGAGGCUAUUUCGCAAAUCGAUGAUGGUCAGAUCCAAGCUACUACUGCUACUACUGCCGAGGCUGUCUCCCAGAUUGAUGAUGGUCAAAUUCAAGCUACCACUGCUACUACUGCCGAAGCCGUCUCUCAAAUUGGCGAUGGCCAAAUUCAAGCUACUACUGCUACAACUGCCGACGCUGUCUCCCAGAUCGGCGAUGGUCAAAUCCAAGCUACUACUGCUACUACUGCUACCACUGACGCUGUCUCUCAAAUCGGCGAUGGUCAAAUCCAGGCUACUUCUGCCACUACUACUCUAGCUCCAGCUUCUCAAAUCGAUGACGGUCAAAUUCAAGCUACUUCCUCUACUACCACUUCAGAUGGAGCUUCUCAAUCUACUGAUUCUGCUUCUGAUGGCCGUGUCAAGGCUGUCUCCUGUAAGAACGACGGAACCCUUGAAAUGUCUCUGAACGAAGGUGUCCUAACUGAUAACAAGGGUAGAAUCGGUUCCAUUGUGGCCAACAGACAAUUCCAAUUCGAUGGUCCACCACCACAAGCUGGUGCUAUCUACGCUGCUGGCUGGUCCAUCACUCCAGAAGGUAACUUGGCUAUCGGUGACGAAGAUGUCUUCUACCAAUGUCUAUCCGGUAACUUCUACAACCUUUACGAUCAAUCCCUAGGUGAACAGUGUAAGGAAGUGCACUUGGAAGUCAUUGAUUUGGUCAAAUGUUAA